CGUGGGUGAAGGGGAUACGGCGGCGUCACGUAGACGGGAUGCCGGUUCUUAUCCGAAAGCUUUCAAGCAACAUGAAAACGCGUGCUCAUCUGGAUGACCCAGCUUGCAACUUCCGGGAAACGGAAAAAGGGGGCGGCGGGCGGAGAUUCUUCGGUCUUCGCUUGAAUAAGCAACGAGAUCCUGGCCCUCCAAUAAACAAAUUAACGGCUAGCAAGUCAGCUGAGAGAGAGUCAAAGUGGCAAUCGCCACUACCUCGCCUAUUUAAUGGCUGGGCCACGGCGGCUAACUCCCCAUUGCUUUCUGUCAACGUUUAUCUUGCAAAAGAAUCCAGAGCUUCUUCAUUGGCGCAAAGAAGAAGAAGAAGAAGAGAAAUAAUAUAGUUGAGAAGAUGGCAGCAGAGUGGGGAUUCUCCACCGGCGACGUGCUGCUGAGGGCGGGAUUGUUCCUGGUGGUGCAGGCGCUCGUCUACCUCAUCCUCAAGAAAUCGUCGAGCUUCUUCGAGAGGACGGUCAGCAGAUCGUCGUCCUUCAGGACGGUUCGCUCCGUGAGCAUCAGGAGGAUGGUGGCCCUGCUGUCCGACCUCCCUGCGGGUGAGCCUUCUCCCACCCGCUCCUCAUCCUCCUCCCGCUUGGCCACUCAGGCCAGCAUGUGAUUCUUCCACAACUCUCUCUCUUCCUCUUUUCUUGAUCGGAAGGGACUGCCUCAACUUGCGGCUUCGAUGAAUACUGAAUACUGCCUUCGAUUGAUUGAUUUAUUCUUUUGUUUGGUUUCCGGAAUGAUUCGUGGUUUGAGUUUGUAAUAUUUAUCUUCUUUACUUCCUUUGUAAAAAGAUUAAAUGGAGAUUGCAGUAUACAUUCUUUUCAA